AUGAAGCAGGCAGCAGUUCACGCCAAGGCAGAGUACUUCUACUCCAAGUGCAGCCCAGCCACCCCGACGCGUGCCCAGCACCCCAAGAGAAAGGAUAGCUACCAGCAUACCUUCAGCAAUAACAAGCGGGGCAGACAUGGCAACCACCACCAGUCUAGUGAAAGCAACCCCGCAAGGAUAAAUGAUCGGGCCCUACUCCCAUUCUCACCCAAACCUGGGUUUGAGGUGUUCACCACCCUAAACACUACCUAUGAGGAUGUCCUUGUGCAUGAGGCACCUAUCAUACCCCAACCUCCACCCAGGAAACCAGGCAGCAAGCCUAUGCCUAACACAGGUGUCUUCUGUCGCUUUCAUCAGUUCGGUGGCCACGAUACCGAAUCUUGUGUUGCCUUGCACAACAUCAUUGAAGGACUUAUUCGUGAGGAGAAGCUGGAUAAAUACGUACACAACCUCCCACCCCCACCUAACCCUCAGCAACGGCAGAUCAACAUGAUCUCAACUAUCAGUGGUGGCCCUACCAUGGCUGGAUCCUCCAACAACUCCAUCAAACAUUAUGUUCGCUCCACCUAUGCGCAUAAGGUCUUCAGCACUGAGCAGGGACGCCUGCCAAAGACACAAAAAACAGGCUGGGCCCUCAUUACCUUCUGUGAGGAGGAGCGUGGCGUUAUCCUCUCUCAUGAUGACCCAAUCAUUAUCCGUGCCGACAUCUCUAAUUUCGACGUUGGGCACAUCUCUAAUUCCCUUCCUCAUUAUUGA